UGAAAUCAAUAAAAAUAUAUUUAAAAAACACACAAAACAAACAAAAAAAAGCUGAACGAUAAAUACUUUGUUAGGUUAUAGGCUCAGGUAAAUGGGCUUUAUGCGUAUGUGAAUGUCAAGAGCUUUUGAGAGUGGUGCAGGACACGGGGCAUCUCUUUAUUGUGUGAGACUGUCCUGCACGCCUCAGGAUGUGCGACUUACCUGGUCCCUGCCUGUCAGGUGUCAGUGAAGCCCCCUUCUCCCACCCCAAUGGACCCGCAGAUCUCUAAAACCACUCCCUGAGCGGUGAAGUUUUCUCCACUGAGAAUUACUUCUCUAGGGCAUCCCUUCCCCAGCUGUGUGGAAAGACCCAUUUAAAAAUUUUCCAAUCACUGGUUUUGUAUUAAAUACAGAAAUUAUUAGAAAAAUAAAAAUUUAAAGUCAGUCAAAAAGUCAAGCCCUAAUUUAUUAUAUUUCGCAGUUGUAAAAUUCCUGUCAGUCUGCUAUAAGAAGUUUUAAAAGCUUAAUCUCCACUGCGAACUUACCUGGUCACCGUGUGGUCUCUGUCUCACCCUGCCUCUUUCCAAAGUCACCCAAAAUGAAGGUGCUGGAUAGUUUACUAGUCCAGUAUGGAGUGGUGGAAAGCUGUGAGCAAGUGAACACUGACUCGGAAACUGCAGUCGUAAAUGUCACCUAUUCCAGUAAGGACCAAGCCAGACAAGCUUUAGACAAACUGAAUGGGUUCCAGCUGGAGAACUUCACGCUGAAAGUGGCCUACAUCCCGGACCAAAUGGCCGCCCAGCAGAGCCCGGCCCAGCAGCCCCGAGGCCGCCGCGGGUUUGGGCAGAGAGGCUCCUCGAGACAGGGCUCUCCGGGAUCGGGGUCCAAGCAAAAGCCCUGCGACCUGCCUCUCCGCCUGCUGGUUCCCACCCAGUUCGUUGGAGCCAUCAUAGGAAAAGAAGGCGCCACCAUUCGGAACAUCACCAAACAGACCCAGUCCAAAAUCGAUGUCCAUCGUAAAGAGAAUGCAGGCGCUGCUGAGAAGUCCAUUACUAUCCUUUCUACCCCUGAAGGCACCUCUGCGGCUUGUAAGUCUAUUCUGGAGAUUAUGCAUAAGGAAGCUCAAGAUAUAAAAUUCACAGAAGAGAUUCCUUUGAAGAUUUUAGCCCAUAAUAACUUUGUAGGCCGUCUUAUUGGUAAGGAAGGAAGAAAUCUUAAAAAAAUUGAGCAAGACACAGCCACUAAAAUCACGAUAUCUCCAUUGCAGGAAUUAACGCUGUAUAACCCGGAGCGCACCAUUACCGUGAAAGGCAGCGUGGAAACGUGUGCCAAGGCCGAGGAAGAGAUAAUGAAGAAAAUCAGGGAGUCUUACGAAAAUGACAUUGCUUCUAUGAACCUUCAAGCACAUUUAAUUCCUGGAUUAAAUCUAAAUGCCUUGGGUCUGUUCCCACCCACUUCAGGGAUGCCACCUCCCACCUCAGGGCCCCCGUCAGCCAUGACUCCUCCGUACCCCCAGUUUGAGCAGCAGUCAGAAAUGGAGACUGUUCAUCUGUUUAUCCCAGCCUUAUCUGUCGGUGCCAUUAUCGGCAAGCAGGGGCAGCACAUCAAACAGCUUUCUCGCUUUGCAGGAGCUUCUAUUAAGAUUGCCCCAGCUGAAGCACCAGAUGCGAAGGUGAGGAUGGUGAUUAUCACCGGGCCACCGGAGGCCCAGUUUAAGGCUCAGGGAAGAAUUUAUGGAAAAAUUAAAGAAGAAAACUUUGUUAGUCCUAAAGAGGAGGUGAAACUUGAAGCUCAUAUCAGAGUGCCAUCCUUUGCUGCUGGCAGAGUUAUUGGAAAAGGAGGCAAAACGGUGAAUGAGCUCCAGAAUUUGUCUAGUGCAGAAGUUGUUGUCCCUCGUGACCAGACGCCCGAUGAGAAUGAUCAGGUGGUGGUCAAAAUAACUGGUCACUUCUACGCUUGCCAGGUUGCCCAGAGGAAAAUUCAGGAAAUUCUGACUCAGGUAAAGCAGCACCAACAGCAGAAAGCUCUGCAAAGUGGACCACUUCAGUCAAGACGGAAGUAAAGGCUCAGGAAACAGCCCACCACAGAGGCAGAUGCCUAACCAAAGACAGAUUGCUUAACCAACAGACGGGCGGCUGAACCCUAUCCAGAAUCACAUGCACAAGUUUUUACCUAGCCAGUUGUUUCUGAGGACCAGGCAACUUUCGAACUCCUGUCUCUGUGAGAAUGUAUACUUUAUGCUCUCUGAAAUGUAUGACACCCAGCUUUAAAAAAAAAAAAAAAAAAAAAAAAAGGGGGAGGAAAAGAGGACUCUGCACUUCCCUUCUGUUGUAUUCUCGGUAUAACAAAUAUUCUAAUUUUUCUUAAUAUUCCCCUAUAAUGCAAGAAAUUGGCUUAAUGAUGCACUCACUAAAUUCAUCAAAUAAAUAGAUUGCUCCUAAGUCAAAACAGAAUUAUUACAGGAACUUAAAUGUUAAGGCAUCAACAUGGAAAAACUGUCUGUUUUAUUUUUAUCUAACACUAACAUGAAUAACCUAAGGGAAGUGCUGAAUGGUGUUGGCAGGGGUAUUAAACGUGCAUUUUUACUCAACUACCUCAGGUAUUCAGUAAUGCAAUGAAAGCAAAUUUUGUGGUUGUUUUGAAAAUUUUAUAUACUUUAUAAAGAUAAAAAUCCAACUGUUUUUUAAAAAAUAAACUUAAAAUUUAAUUAGCUAACAGGCAAAUAACUGAAAAAAUUUUACUUCUGGCUGUUGACAGUAAAGCUGGAAAAUUAAUUUCAGGUUUUUUGAGGCUUUUGACAGUUAUUAGUUGGAAAAUCCAGUAAAUGUCCAAUGACAUGGAGCAGUGCCUAUAUUUGGAGAGCAGCAAUACCAUUUAUUUUUUUGUUUAUGUUAGGGAGAGUUUUUGAUGGUACUAACAGAGCAAAGUGGUCACAGGAAGUUUGGAAUGGCUAGUUUAAUGGCUUCAGGAGACUUAUGUUUUUUUUUAAGUGAUUGAGUGCAUAAUUUCUUUGUGCUUUUGACUAUCACUACCUAAAGAAAGUGCGUCAGUGAAGAGAUGCAGCCCCUGUGGACUUGAAACUGAUUGGCAAAAAGCAAGCCUCAACUUGUCUUACAGGAUGCUUAGCUUGCCAAUCCACCUCAGAGCAGUUGGUUUACCCUUUGAGCAGACCCCAAAAGAAUUGCUUUGCAAAGAACAAUGGGGCAGUCAGAUGGUGUGACAGUGUUUAAAGGCAAUAAAAGGCUAUAUCUUAUAUGUGCCAGGCACUGCUAUGAGCCUCACUAAGCUGUUUUGAAGAUUUUUAAACAAGGAUAAAUCAAGAAAAAUGAAAGGCCACCUAAAAUAUUACAUAGAAUGCAACAGGAUUCCUGUAUUCUGUGCAACCAGUUACUGUAAGAAAAGAAUUUUUGAAAUGUAAUUUGAAUGACUGUGAGAAAACUUUUGACCUUUAAUACUGAACUCAUUUGCCCAUUCCAUAACUUGAUGGCAAAGCCCAGUAUGUACAAUUAUGGGUGUGGGUGGUCUCCGAGGCCACGCUGCUCUCAGAAUUGUUUGUGUUGCUUUUGUUCAUAAAGUGGUCACAGUCAUCAUAUUACAUGGAUCUGAAGGACAUAUAUAAUAACCCCUUACAAAGUCAUUUUGCCUCAUUUGUAUUUCAGGAUGAAUUUCUACAGACUAGGUAAGUUUUUCUGAUGAUCAGCAUAUCAGACAUUUUGAAAAUGACUUGAAAUGUUUUCCUAAAUGUUUUCAGAAAACCAGUUUAUUUUGUAGUUUUAGCCAAAAAGUGCCCUUUUUGUCACUGAAUUCAUCUAGCAUUCAUAAUUCCACCCCACCCCCCAAACAGCGAAUUGCUUUAAAAAAAAAAAAAAAAAUCAUGGACUGGCUUUGUGGUUGGUUUUUAGGUGAGACGUGCUUAUGGCCAGAGCUCUUCCUCAGUAUUUGAUUUUUCUAAUAUUUGUUGGUUUGUUUUUUUUAAAUACAGAUAGGUGCUGCAUUUAUAUCUGCUGGUUUAAAUUCUCUCAUAUUUCACUUCUAGCCUUUUAGUGCAGCAAAUCAUGUUUUACUUUCAAUUAAGCAUUGGUAAUGGAGUAUCUGGUAAUAGCUAGGAAAUAAUUCUGUAACUGAGUUUGUACUCACCGCAUAUGGAUCAUUCCUCAUUUGUAAUGUGCCCCAAAUGCAGCUUCAUUUUCCAGAUACCUUGAUGCAGAAUAAAGUUUUUCAUCAUUAGGUGCAGCUUGA